AUAUAUCUCGUAGUGAAUAGUUGACUCGUGAAUUAGUUUUUUUCGUAGAGGAUAAUGUGAUUGAUUAUGAAUUGUUUUGUUCAGUACAAUGAGGACGAAAUUAGUGAUUUUUCUGUGUUUGGUAUUGUUUGUGACAAGUGUAUACAAUGAGGAUAUACCAGUAAAUUCUUUAUUAGAUGAGCUGCAUCCUGCUGCGGAAUUCAGUCGGCAUACACUCGUGAAACCCAAACUCUACCAUGGAAGAGAAAAAAGACAAAUUUCGUCGACGAAAGAGAAGUCGGGAAAACACACUGAUCAUCUACAAAUCACGCUGGAAGUGGAUGGAGAGGACAUGAUAUUAGAUUUGACCAUUAAUAAAGAUUUAAUUCCCGAAGGAUUCUUCCACAAACAUCAAGAAAACGGAGAUUACAAAAUUCAUCAGCCAACAUUUCAGGAAGCUAAUAUCUGUGAAUAUAAUGGAAAAGUUCGUGGAAAGCCUAAUUCCUGGGUGGCCCUUUCGACCUGCGACGGCCUCUCUGGCGUAAUAUUCGACGGUGAAGAAAUGCACUAUGUCGAAAAAGGAAAUUCGAUUGGCGACGUAGAAUCCGAUCAUUUUUUAUAUAAAUAUUCCGAUUUAUUGGAACACAAUAAGACGUGCGGGUAUGCCGGAGAUGCGGUGGAUCCGGAAAAAGUUCAUGCUCAUAACAAUAAUAGAAUAUUAAGGUAUAAGAGAGAUACAGACGAACAAUUAGUCAGGGGACCUUACAAUGCCAACAAAGAAUCCAAAUAUGUAGAAUUAGUGCUCGUGAUAGACAAUCAAGAAUACAAAGAAUUGGGAGAAAGUAAAACCAAGGUUGUAAACCAUGCCAAAACUAUUGCCAACAUUAUCAACGGACUUUACUCUCCCUUAAAUAUUUUUAUAGCUUUAGUAGGAGUAGUGAUAUGGACCGAAAACGAUGAAAUUAAUUUCUCUCCUAAUGGAGAUACGACGCUCACGAAUUUUCUCCAUUACCGACGAGAGAAGCUUAUUAAGAGUCAUCCCAACGACAAUGCUCAACUAUUAACGAAAUUUAAUUUUGAUCAUGGCGUUGUGGGAAAAGCACUUAAAGGUCCCAUUUGUACUUACGAAUUCUCCGGCGGAGUGAACACGGACCAUUCACCUGUUGUCGGACUUGUUGCUACCACCGUGGCUCACGAAAUGGGCCAUAAUUUCGGUAUGGAACACGACACGAACGAGUGCGAAUGUCCGGACGACCGUUGCAUAAUGGCCCCGAGCAGCUCCACCAUCGCUCCGAAACAUUGGUCCUCGUGCAGUCUCAACUAUCUUCUGCAAGCGUUCACCCACGGGAUGGAUUACUGCCUAAAAAACAAGCCUAAAGCGUUAUUCGAUAGCCCCGUUUGUGGAAACGGGUUCGUGGAGCCGGGCGAGCAAUGCGAUUGCGGCCUGGAGGAACACUGUGAUAAUUAUUGCUGUAACGCUACUACGUGUAUGUUGCAUAGUAACGCUAGCUGUGCAACAGGAGAAUGCUGUGAUCUUACGACUUGCCUACCAAAAGGUGCAGGAACCCUAUGCAGAUCGGCCGAUUACGAAUGCGAUCUUCCGGAAUACUGCACAGGACAGUCCGAAUACUGUCCCGAAGAUAAUUACAAGCUAGAUACAGAAGUCUGUGAUGACGGUAAAGCUUUCUGUUACCAUGGUUUCUGCAGCACCAGAUCCGAUCAGUGCAAACUACUUUGGGGAGAGACGGGGAAAUCCAGCGACGACCAGUGCUACAUGAUGAACACGAAAGGCACUAGACACGGAAACUGUGGAUACGACAAGCUGACGCAGACAUUUUUUAAAUGCGAAAACGAGAGUGUCUUGUGUGGAAUGUUACAUUGCGAACAUCUCAACGAAAAGUUGGAAUUCGGCAUGGAGUCCGUAGCAAUGUUGUCGCACACUUUCAUCAACAAAAAGGGAUUGAUCAUUCCUUGUAGAACUGCCAUUGUAGAUUUAGGAAUCAAUCAGGUCGAUCCAGGUCUUACGCCUGACGGUGCUCUUUGCGGAAAGGGAAAGAUGUGCGUCAACCAAAAAUGCAUGUCAGUCUCGAGCUUAAGAAAACAAGGCCCCCACUGCCCCGACGACUGCAACGGCAACGGAUGGUGCAACAACAAAGGUCACUGCCACUGCAAAGACGGCUUCGCUCCACCUACCUGCGAUUAUCCCGGACCAGGCGGCUCACUGGACAGCGGUCCCGCUGCGGAUCCUAAUGCUCGUCAAGGCAUAGUAGCAGCCAUCUUCAUAAUCUUCCUGGGAAUAGUGCCCCUGGUAGCGAUAUCUGCAUUCCUCCUGUACUACGUUCGACACAACCUCCACUUCGGCCGCCGAAAAUCAGCUCCCUCAACGACAAAAUCACCCAGCAAAUCAAGAGGGCCGCCGUUUUCUUCGGAAGUUACAAAACGAACAGAGGACAACCAUUCUCUCCUCCGAGAAGAUUCGCCGCCGCCGAUUGGAUUUAUCGGCCUUUCAAACACCUUUUUCGGCAAUUUUAAGGGAUUCUCGAUAAUUCCGUUGAAAAAUGAAACUCAACCGAGUCGAUCUGCUCCUCCACCCCCAGUUAUUGUACCCGCAAAAAGUAAGUCAUCCACUUCGAAGCCUGCUUCUAAACCGGCAGCUACUCAAGAAACCAAACAUAGCAUAUUUUCGAAUCCCAUACAGAAGUAUAACUCCUUUAGAAAGAGCAACGUGCCAAACGGUAUUGUUACUGUAAAUCAAGUGUCUUCGGCACCAGCUUUGCCUCCACCUAACCCAGGAAGCCACGCCAAACCGAUAAUUUCAUCUCCAAUACUGGAAAAUUCAACCUGUACUGCAAAAGAGCUUGUAUCACCGUUACGAAACGCUCCAAAGCUUCCUAUUCGGGCAGCACCUCAAGCACCUUCUAUUGAAAUCACAAGACCUUUAUCUACACCAAAUACUCUUUCUAGUACUGUCUUGUCAGUAAAUAUCAUAGAAGAACCAAAAAAGCCUAAAGAAAGUGUGAGUACCAGUACUUUAAAUAGAAUAACUUCUUUUCUUAAACCUGCCGAUAAAAAGCCCACGGUUGUAUCAAAACCUAGUCAAGUGAAAGCUACUAAAGUUCUUGAUAAGGAGUCGCUUCGAAAUAUAGAAAUAUCUAAUCCUAUUCCACAGAAAAAUAUUGAAAUUAAUGUAUCUACUCUUCCUGUGGACAGUGCAACAACAAAAAACGUUGUAAUGAGGGCACAAAGUAUGCGCGCUACAAAACAGACUGACAGGCCCAGUAUUCAAACGUUUGGAUCCAUGAGACAGCCAAAUGGCUACAAGAGACCACUCAGUAUACCUUCAGGAAGCCGUCCUAAAAAUCCUCCACCACCUCGUCCACCGUUAGAAAAAUCUCAAGAAAAAUCGGAAUGUGAUCAGUCCGAUCAGUACGAUGAUUGUUUAAACGAAGAAGUCCCUCUAGCUACAGGCACUACCAGUAGUCCUAGUGGUGAUAAUAUUUAUGCUGUUAUAGAAGACUCUCCUGUAGUAUCACCGGAAAGUAAACCUAGCAAUUCAGGUUCUAGCGAAAGUAUGGGCUUACUAGGCGAGAUUGUUAAUGAAAUACAAAGUAGAAAUUUUGAUUCAAUUUAUUCAACAUCAACUUUGGCUCGAAAGAAGAAAGAAGAAGAGGAGAAGAAAAAAGCGCAGUUAUCUCCUGAUUCUUCAGAGACGUACGUGAAUACAGCUUCUCUGCAGUAUCCAGAAAGUGAAUACAGUAAUAUGAGUGGUAAUAUUAAGUCAAGUGCUAGUUCCACUUCUAGUGGCUACAUUUUGCCAUCUGCUAUAAAUAUUCCGGUAAAGGAAGAGGCAAAAUCAAAAGAAGAACCUAAACCUAGUUUAAGCUCUUUUAAAGCAGACUCAAAACCUGCUGUUGUAAAUAAGCCUCUGGCAUCGGGGUUUAAGCCCAGUCAAGCCAAUUUGAAAAAAGUAGAAACAUCACCAGAAAGAAACAAGGCGAAGGUACUUUCAUCCCCUACUAGUAAAACGGCCCCAAAAUCCGUAAGUAGGCAAAUAACGCCGCCAAACUUACGUACUAGAAAACCUUCUCCAACAAGGCCUACUGCUCCUGUACAUAAAUCCAACCGAUCAGUAACCAACAGCCCCGAUUUAGUAACGAGCUGUAACACCAACUCUUCAUCAAAACCUCCCGACAUCGUUGGAACGAACUCGGUUAAUAAAAAACCUUCCAUAACAAGUGCUAAACCUACAGUGCCCUUACCUAAAGUUAAAAGUAACCCUAAGGCAGUUAACGCUAAGGUAUCGCAGGAUAAGAAAGGCGAGACCAAACCAGUGGUAGCUAAUAAACUCAACAAGACUAAUUCGGAUAGUACUGCGAAAACGUCGGUCGGUGUUAGAAAUGCAGCUAGGUCGAACUCUAAUGUUGCUUCGCUACAACAGAAAUUCGAAAAUAAAACGUAAAGGCGAUGAUGUCGAAGAAAUUACCGUUUUAUAACAAGACGAGUGCUACGGGAAAUGGUAAGUCGUAGUAAUGGGACACAAAACGAGUACGUAUGCUUUCCUCAUUUUAGUUAUCGGAUAAAAGAUGUUGGAGGAUGGUACAGUCAAUUGUUAAUAGUCUUCUGUAUUAUCUACUUAAUUUAAUAGGAAGCAAUCACACUUUUAAUUAAAAAUAUUUUUAUUUUCAAUUAAAAUUGUGAUUUAUUCCCAUCAAGUAUAGCAGAUAAAAUAGAAAGGCCGUCAGAAAAUAUGUUCAAACCAUGUUUUUCUGUAGGUACAUUCCAAUAAUUUAAAAUAUAUUUUCACAAAAUUGGCGAAUGAGAUUUGUUUAUAUAUUAAUAAUUACAAUUAUUAUUAACAUUAGAAUGACUGAUGUGUAGAUACCUUCUGUAAUGACUGAGGGGAUCGUUUUAGCAUUAUUAGAAGACAUUGUGUCUGUUCAAAUUGUAAUAUCACAAUCAACUUUUUAAUUUAUUAAUCUUCACGUAAAGUAUUUUAAAAUGUGAAAACAUUUUUUAAAAUGUUUCCUUUAUUUUUAUAGAGCUUUUAUAGAUAUUUAUUUUCAUUCGAAGGUUCAGUAUGAUAGUGUGAACAGUAUUAAAAAACAAAAAUCGCAUAUAAAAGUGUCAUCAUCAUCUUCACAGCUUGAACAAGCUUCAUGUGCCAAGACAUCACAUUUUCAGCACCGAAUCCAACCGUCCUGAUCGAAAGUUUUUGUACAUCUCGUUGCAAAAAAUGCAAGCUUCUUCGUCUUCUUCUUCCUCGUCUUCAUUUGAGGACGUAUCAGAAUCUUCAGCCUGACACUUUUUAGUUUUACGCUUAUUUUGGAUAGACAAACCAUUGUUUUGUUUCAUUUUCUUGGACAGUAGCAGGACUGGUUCUCUAGUCUUUCUGUUAUUUAAUAGAUUAUCACUGGAAGUCGCAGAUUUUUUAUUUUAGUUGAAAAGGUCUUUUUUGUGUUUACCUUCUUGUUUCUCUUGGCGCUCCUGUUCUUCGGCCUUUAGUUCAGCCUUGUAUGGUGACGAUCUUAAUAUGACAGUUUUAUUGUUCCUCUUGUUACUAUUCCUUUUUACACGCUCCUUUUCUUGGGGUGGGGGCAUCAAAAUUUUUGGUGAAAGCAGAAAAGCUGAUUUGGCUGACGUAGACCCAUCUGUUGAAGUGGAGGGCUCAGGAGAAGUCUCUUUACAAGGCUCAGGAGAAGCGUCGUUAGAAGGCACAGUUCCGCUUGAAAAAGUAGUUGUUCUGUGGUAUCUAACGGGGCAAAUAGGUAAUCAGGGAAUACAUCUCUAUUGAAAGUAUAUAUUCCUGUUUUUUCAAAUCUCCUUCACUGCAGUUUGAACAUUAGCUGCUCUUGAAAAAGCAGCAUUGACUAGUUGUCCAAUUUGAUAAAUUGUAACACCCCUGCCAGGGUGAUUAAGCAACUAUUUUUUAACCUCUUGUGCAUAAAAUGUACUAAGUGGUGCCAUAAAUGAGACAUCGAGCGGUUGUAAUCGAUGUGCGGUGUGUGGUAGAAAACAUAAUAAUAUAACGUUAUUUUCCCAAACAAGAUAAAGGAGUUCUAAACUUUUGGUAUGGGAACUGUGACUAUCAAGAAUAAGCAGCACUGGUUUUUGAGGUCCGGGAUUAGAAAACUCAAUAAACUUUUUAAACCAUACAAUAAAGUUUUCUUUGGUAAUCCGUAGUACAGUCUCGUAAUACACUGCAGAUGACCCUGGUAGGGCACCAUUCAUUAAGAGGCAUAAAAUUCCUGUCAUAAAAUUCCCUGCAGCAUUCAUACAGGUUUCUAAGGUCACCAGUACACCUCGUUCUGCUGAGGACAAACAACCCACUUGAUUUUUACCACGCAGAUCAAGGAUUCUGAAAAGCUUGUUAGGUACAGUCAUAAUGCCGGUCGGAUCUACGUUGUAGAUAUCAUUGGGUGAUAAAUUGUGUUGCGUAUAUAAAGAUUCAACAAAUCAAAAAAUUUCUUUACUGCUGCUCGAUUAAAACCUUUUGCUACUGCUGAAGUUUUUUCAGGAUUACGUAAUGCUAAU